AUGGAUCCCACUAAAAAAAUAAAAAAGAAUGAUGGUACUGGAGAUACUGUCGAAAAAGAGUAGUAGGAAGUUAAUGAUGAAGUAGAAGAUAAGGGCUAAGAAAAGCAGCCUAUUGAAUAAAUUGACAGAGAGGUUAUGAUUCCUGAGUAUUAAAAAUUGAUAGAAUAUAAAAAUAAUUUAGUUAAGUUAGAUACAUUGAUAUAAAUAGAAUCUAAUGAAGAAUAACUAGAAGAACUGAGAUCUUUAAAAGCAGAUUUAGAAAAUGCUAUUUCAGUAUAAGAAUAAGAAAUUAAAACUAAGUAGAAUAAUGAAUACUUUUUCUUUAACACUGAAGCUAUCUAAACAGAACAUGUUAACAGAUUGUGCAAGGUAUUCUAUGAAAAGGACUUGAAGUGGUAUCAUGGAAUAAUUACUUAUGUCGAUAACGAUGAGCAAAAAGUUAUUGUUUAAAUUAUUGGUUACAGUGACAUUGUUACAGUGAAUUCAGUCUACACUAAAUUAAAACCCAAACCUGAUCCUGAACUCUUUUAGCCUGGUUUUGCUUGCGAAGCAAUUUACCCUGAUGAUGGCAAAUACUAUCCUUGUAUUAUUGAAAAGAUAACAGAAGAUGGCAGAUAUGUUAUUAAGUUUAAAAAGUAUAACAACAAAGAAGAAUUAAGUAUAUAUUUAUUGAGAGAGUCAAGAAAGACUUAGCAAGACCAUAGAAAAAAGCGUACUUUUGAUGACCUUACAGAAUUCAAAGUUCCUGAUAACUUAAAAAUUCUUCCCAACGAUAAUGAACAAGUGCGUCAAACAAAGAAAAAGAAAGUGAAAGCUCUCAAAUAAUAAUUCAAACAAGCCUAAAUUGAAAAGCAUUAAUCUGAAAAAUAAAAUAAGUGGAAUGACUUUAAAAACAAUGCAUCAAGCAAGAAAGCUGGUCAUUUCUAGUCAAAGAAAAGCUAACAAUCUAUUUUCUAAUCCCCCGAAACAAUCGAAGGAAAAGUAGGUGUUACUGGUUCUGGUAAGGGUAUGACUAACUUCUCUGUCAGAAACUAUCAAGCUAUGCAAGAUAAUUCCCAUCUUUCUCGUUUAUUUUGA